CGUAAACCCUCGAAUUCGUUUUUGCCCGUCGGAAUUCCAGUUUUUGCGUCGCGGAAAUGGUUGCACGGAGUCGGGUUCUCUUUCAUUACCAGUCUUUUCAAAUGCUUUCCAUCCGAAUGCCUACCAUCCGAGUCUCUCAAUGCCUCUCAGUAGAUACCCCAAUCAGGACAUCCCAACCACAGCGAAGCAUCGAUGUCGAGAACUUACCUAGAAUUGAGUGCUUGUUCGUCGGACCGUCGAGCAAAUCGACUGAGAACUCCACACCCAACAUCACAGGAUCACGCUUCCAUCCAUGUCCGUAGAGCUCAUUUUCUCAGCAGCAAACAGUCACCCACAGGAGGCUCUGCUCUCCAGAGAGAAGCGCUGCGAUAUUCAGUGUUCUUGUUCACAAACGUGAGUCUCCUUGGGAAAUGCAAUAUAUGUCUUAUGUAUGCUGAAAAUCGCACAAAGUGACUGAUUCUGGAAGACCGGAGUUAAGCCCUCUCGUAGGUUCGCCGCUGUACAUUGCUACGAAUCCGCUCAAGCGUUAACAAUUGCACACAGAAUUCCAAUCCCCCAGUAUCUUACUUAUUCCACCUUCAAGUUUUCUUUCUUUUGCUUUUUAUAGUUCUCAAGCAAAAUGGUAUGAAAGAGACAGAUUCGUUCUCUUUUUUCGUGAAAUUGAUAUUUUGAAGACGAGCAACGCAGGGAAUGAAUGCGUCUUGCAAUGCAGAUGAUUACAGUAUCUACCUACGCAAACUCUUCUUCCCCCUGCAAGCCACAAUUCUGGCUGCAGCCUCAGGAAUGGCUAGCCGAUGAAAAAUUGCCCCUGACACGAGUGUGCGUGGCAGCUUUCUCCGUGCCAGGCAUACUCGUGAGCCGUCAUAUGAGUUUUUUCCUUCUCCAGUGCCACCGGGAGCCUGCAUGAGUACCACAAGUACCACAGAUCCCAUGCUCAAGGAGACAAAAAAAGGCUGCAGUAUGGCCGAGACGCGUCUCAGGAAAUUGGAUUCCAUUUGAUUUGCGAGCUAGGAUGGCCUCACGAACAUCCGUCUCCCUCAAAUCUGCGUAGGAUUCUUUCAGGGAUUGUAUGAGGGUUAUGUGACACGAGGUUAUCCUAUCAAUGUUGCAAUCAUCGGGUAUAUAUAAUGUGUAUUUCCUGCCUCUCAUGGUUGGACCAAACCAUUGCUUCACAUUGCUUCACAUUGCUUCACGAAUACAACAGUUGAUUUCGAGAUCAUUUUGAUACCACACAUUGUGUCUACGCUGUCUUUAGUCUAUUUGAGCCACGCAAUCGACUGACUUGGUAACAAUCUACCAUCAAGUCAAACAUGUACCUCCAUUCUAUCGCAAAUCAGCUGGGGAGUAGCCUAUUGAAGAGGAAAGCGAAAUUCCAACAAGGAUGGAAAAGUAAGGUGGUCAAACAAACGCAAACAGACAGCGAAACGAACCCACUUCCGAUGGAAAACUAUUCGCCAUACGCAUAUACACAGUUUGAAAAAGGACUGAGCAGUACUAUAACAAUAUCUGAUCUUCCCGGGCUGUGCGUACUUCAACUCAAUACCACUACCUUGGAAUGCUAACCUGUAUAAGAAGGACGCCUGAUGGAGGAAGAGGAGAAACCGACCAAGAAGCGGACUCAAAUGACAGCUGUCCCUCACUUGAUGAUGAUUCUGGCUCCGCCAACAAUGGUUCUAUGAGUGAGCUCCUUAUAUAUGGAACAAGACAUCAGCCAGUUAAUGAUUCUUUUUACAGUAACGGAUUACUCGACAUCCGAUUCUCCCUCGAACUCCCGUUCUAACUCACCACCCGUCGAAUGCCUCAAUCCUCUUUACGAUCCCGCAGAAGUUUCACCACUCAACAGCAAUUCUUUCGUAUAUCGAGCAAGCUCUGCACUAGAUACGAAUUCGCGUAUGGCCGGAGAAGUGAACAGGCCUCCGAAACACAUCCAAGGAAACAUGUAUUUUGAUUAUUCCCAACAUGGACUGAAUCCUUACAACAAUAGGGUUACCUACCAACAAGCAAACGAUAUCCAUUCUGAUCGUGCAUUUCACAUAUCAGCCGCUUCCUCUGUUGCUUCACAAGAAGACUCUUAUCCGGCCGCCUCUUCGCACUGCUCAUCCAAAAAUUGGAGGGGACGCUGAACUACUCACCUACUGUUCUGAGCAAAGAGAAUAUGGGGCAAACUGAUCUGUUAUCAAUGUUCAAUCUUCACACCAUUGAUGAUUCCAAACCUAAGUAUCACCACGGGCUAUUCACAUGCGCAGCAACCUCAAAUCCUGGUACAUCAUCUUUCGAAGGAAUUUCAGAACUUGGUAAGGUUUCGUCGAGCUCUUCAUCGUCAAGCAGCGGUAAUGUCUUUGGUAUUUCGAAUAACACAUCUAUCAACAGAGAUACUACUGAAGGUGGGAAAUCUGGCCCGUCGACAGCACAAACCAAGCGCAAUUCAAUAUUGGGGGCCCCAAUUGAAACUGAAGCACAUGGACUAAGAUUUUUCCAUAACGUCGCUAUGCCUGAUACAUUUUGCCCGAAUCACCAUACUGGAAACAGAUAUCGUGCUUGUGCUGGAUCCGGUUGGCUUACUUUCCCGCACCUCAAGUAAGUUUCUCAUCUCUGUAGUACCUAACCUUCGUCGGAAUUAGAGGCUCACGUAUCAUUACAGAGAACACACUAAAAACAGACACAAAGCUGAAGAAUCAUCACCAUUCAAGUGCAGUGGUUGCCAAGCACCCUUCGAAAAUGAAAAGUCCUUGAAAGCCCAUAACGAUUUUGAAGACUGUGAAAUAAAGUGCUCGCAAUGUCCUGAAACGUUCGACAGUAAAGCGUCACGUAAAUCACACCAAGAUAAGAUGCAUCCCAACGGUGGCAAUUCGAUCAUCUACAAAGAAAUCGUUGACGCGAAAUGGAAUCGUCUGAAUUCUGAAUGUAAAAGAUAUCUAGCUGAGUUGAAGAAAAAAGGAGAGGAGGGAGUGGAUCCAGGACUCAGGGAAUGGGUAGCAAGGAACACAAACCGAUACAGAAAAAACCGCAAAGACCCAAAGCCGUUUGUAGAUCUUGGGCAGUGGUACAUUUCAUUCCGUGUACUCAAUCUUAAUGAGAAGAUUCCUGAUCACCCUUGUAAGUCCCCAACAACAAAACUCCUUAAUUUCAACAUUCUUACCAUGCCUUCAGUCUAUGAUUAUUACCCAUCUGGCGAACUUGCAAUAGCAAAGAUUACUGUGAUAUUCCGAGGUCUCUUAGAAGCAGAAAUAUGUGAGCACGGAUUCCCAGCUCAAAACCCGGAAUUCCCGGGUCUAUACGUACGUUUUUUCAGUAACGUCCUUGAAAAAACUCUUCGGAUAGCACGAAAUACAGGGAUUAAACCAGACGGCAGAUCGCGACUGGCUGAAGAUACUUCGAUGGACGAAUCUGCACCAGCAGCCGCAGCCUAUGGACCACAAAACACAUUACUAUCAAACACAACCUCAAAUGGAAUGGGAACCCUUUUGACGAGUACCCCAAUGCUUCCGCACCAGCAACAACAUACUAUGCAGCAAGAUGCUACGCAACAAGAUGCUAUGCAACAAGAUGCUAUGCAACAAGAUGCUAUGCAACAAGAUGCUAUGCAACAAGAUGCUAUGCAACAAGAUGCUAUGCAACAAGAUGCUAUGCAACAAGAUGCUAUGCAACAAUACGCUAUGCAACAAUACGCUAUGCAACAACAUGCUAUGCAACUAUUCCCAGGCGUUGGGAACGCGCAACACCUCUCUGCAGAAAACCAGGCAGUACCCGGUAUUGCAAACAUGACCUCUGGAACUGGUCCAAUCUACGACCCGAAUAUGUACCAAGCACAUCAAUUACCACAAUUGUCGGGAUCAUAUUCUUUCGAUCCAAACCAGAGCAAUAAUGGGUUCUACCCUCCGGACCAGCCGGACGCACCGGUGCAUGAGCAGAACUGGAUGACGAGAGGACAACACCAGUAGAUCAAAUCAGAGAGACCAUGGGACUUUAGCGUUUGAAAAUUGUUCGCCAGUUCAUUUCUUUUAUUUCGAGGUUUAAUUUGAAGGUGGAUUAGGAGGAACUAUAACAUCAUGAUGGAGGAAGGCACCAAUAGGGGCCGUGACUAUUUCUUUUGUCGCUUUAUGGUUUUGGGAUUCUGAUUCGUUAGUUUUGUUUUUGACUCGCGCUUAUUUUUCCUUUGCAAGAUUAUUUCACAUUCAAUGGUUUAGCUUGCGAAUUCAACUAAGUUAGCAAUUCAGACAUUAAUAAUC